AUGGACCGCCUUCUGGGCGAGAUCGCGAGCGCACUGGCAGUACGUCAGCGGAACGCCGCGGCCUUGGAGCGCCUGGACGAGAAGUUGAGAAAACAAGUUAAUGAGACCGUCGAGAACAUUCGCGAGGGUCUAGACUUCAUCAGCCCUGCAGUGUUUGUGCAGGUCAUGGACUCGCUGCCUGCGCGUUGCGGCGGCGCGCCAGGGAGUGCCGCCUAUAGGAGUGCCAGCACACUGGAGGCGUCCGUCAUUGACUAUCUGCUGAUCCCCUCCUCAUCAGCCCACGGCAGCCGCGGGUACCACGCCCUCCGCACGCCGGCCUGCGCCGCCGCCGCCGCCGCCGCGGCGGCGCGCGCGGACGCGGCCGCGCGUGCUGUGAGCGCGUACGCCGCCGAUGGAGGCGGCCCCCCUGGGUUGAUAGGGCGGACGCGCGUGCUGCUGCUCAACCAGGUUGUUUGGGAGACCUUUAACGUCGACGCCCACGCCGCGCUGCCCGCCGCCGCCGCCGUGCUCCAGACGCACGGCGCCCCCGAGGCGCUGCUGCGCGCCGGGCUGCUGCCGCGCGAGCUGGUGGAGCUCCAGGCGCCACCCUUGCAUGAGAGGGACCCUCUGUCGCCGUUCCUGAGCCUGGCAAACGUCUUCAUCGACGCCGCAGAUGAUGUUGAUGUGGGCCUCCUGCAGCCCGACGCCCACACCCUCAUCGCGAUCGCCGCGUGGACGGUGUCGCAGCCGCGCUUCGCGCAGCUGUUCGCCGACGUCGUCCGGACGCGCCUCGCGGAGGGCGGGGUGCGCGCGGAACCUGCGGUGCAGCUGGCCGCGCUGCUGCUGGGCUUCGGCGACGCGCCGGACUUGGACGCGCCGCUCGUCGCCGAGUUGCUGGCGUGCGGUGCUCGCGCAGAGGGGGUGGCAGCGCGUGCGGCGCUGGUUGAGAAGGAGGCGCGAGACGCGCUGGCGCACCUGCAUUCUAGGCGUCAGAUGCUGAGCCUGACGGUUGAGGAGGCGAGGCUGGCGCAGCAGCAGCAGGAAAAGCAGCAGCAGCAGCAACCGCCGCCGCAGCAGCAGCAGCAGCAGCAGCAGCAGCAGCAGCAACAGCAGCAACAGCAGCAGCAGCUACCAGUGCAGGAGCAAUCUGAGCAGGCGCAGCAGCAGCAGCAGCAGCAGCAGCAGCAGCAGCAGCAGCAGCAGCAGCAGCAGCAGCAGCGGCGGCGGCAGCAGCAGCAGCAGGUGGUCGAUCAACGCCAGCGGGGAGUUUCAGGACCUCCCACAGCAAUAGCAGCAGUGCAGCCAAGCCAGCUGCACGGCGGCAGCGUCGCGGGCGGCCGGCAGUACGCUGUGUGUGCAGCGUGCAGCACGGCGGAGGGCGCCGCGGGGGCGCGGCUGCACCUGUGCCGCGGCUGCCGUCUGGCGUGGUUCUGCUCUGACGCGUGCUACAAGGGCCACUGGCCGGCGCACAAAGCCGCUUGCCGUGAGGAGCAGGCGCGGCGUGCGGGGCAGGCGGCUGCAAAGGUGGAGCGUGAUUAG